AUGUUCUCCGAUAAUGGUACGAAUUUCGUCGCCGCUGAGAAGGAACUUCGUAGCAGAUAUGAAAAGUGCAUGGCAGACGCCACUCUUCAAUCAUUUUUCGCCGAUUCCAACAUAGAGUGGCGUUUCAAUCCGCCGACCGCGCCUCAUAUGGGUGGAUACUGGGGAACCGGUAUCAAACGCAUCAAGUACCACCUAAAGCGCGUUUUAGGCGAAAGUCUGGUGUCGUACGAAGAAUUUAAUACGUUACUAACAGAAGUGGAAGCCUGCGUGAACUCCCGCCCGUUAUAUGAGGGCACGACAACUACAGUCGACCACGAAGCUCUAACGCCAGGGCACUUUAUCGUCGGCGAACCUCUAAAGUCGAUCCCAGAACCUGAGGGUCAACGGUUCUGCGGAAAUCUCCACCAGCGAUGGCAAUUAAUCACUGCAAUACGACAGCACUUCUGGCGUCGUUGGAGAGACGAGUAUCUCGUCAGCCUGCAGCGGCGCACUAAGUGGUUUCGACCCUCACGUAAUCUCGAAGAAGGGGAUGUUGUAGCUAUCUUCAACGAGCCUACACCUCCGACUAAGUGGACGCUUGCGCAGCGCGGUGCCACCCUGGAACUGAUGGUCGCAUGCGAGUCGUGA